AGAGAGGAUGAGAGCCUCACACCCAGGAAGUGCUUUCCCAAAAUGACUAGAAGAAGAAUAAGAGGCAGCAGGUACAGCGGCCAGAGGUAGCCCCAGCUCCAAGUGAUGGACCUUUUGGGUUUCCCAUGACGAUGCGCAAAUUCAGUCCUAUUUACAUCUGAAGGAAACGUGUGCAUUGUUCAGGGGUUCUUCUCUCAUCCAUUAUAACAAAGGAUACAUACCAAUGUCUUCACAGAAUUGACAAAUGAAGAAUUGACAGCUAAUCUUCUCUGGAAGGAAACUACGAGCAGUACUUGAGAUCUACAGUGGCAUUCACAUGUAUGUGUCUUUAAUUGCCCACAGCUUUCCUUAUGUUCCUAAGGAACUUCUAACUAAAAAGUUGGCCCGCAGCACUGGAAUUCUAAAUCUGGCAGCAACCAUGCCGGUUCAAUCAAUUUCCGAUGGUUCUGAUGUCUUGGGUACUGGCUUUAAUUCCCAAAUGGAAAGUUCUCAUUCAUCAUUGGCACUCCAGCCUGCAAACACCCUUUCCAAUGCAGCAUUGCAUGAAAAAUGUUUAAUGCAGACAGAGGGGGACAUGCUGUUCGAUUGCAUGUUUUGUGACAAAACCUAUACCUUUCAUGAAGAACUUGGGAAACAUGUCUUGGUCCAACACAGGCCAAUACUGUGUGAGCCAGCCGUUCUUCGUGUGGAGGCAGAGUACCUCAGUCCCCAAGAUAAACGCAGGAAAAGUGGAGAGCUUUCAACGAACGAUGAACUUGAUGAAGCUGAACAUAGACUAGGCUUUGACUGCGAAGUAUGCGGCCAGACCUUUAAUGAUUCUUCAGAUGUGGAAGGUCACAUGAAGAAGCACAAAGAUUCGUUCACGUACUCUUGUGAUAUCUGUGGACGGAGAUUCAAGGAGUCGUGGUUUCUGAAGAACCACAAGAGAACACACAGUACAAAGUCUGGAGGCAAAAACAAGCAACUGAUAAUCAGCGAGAUGCCUAUGACCAUUAAUGAAGUGGUAUUGGAGCAAGUGGACAAAAAUGUCCUGUGUCCUUACAAGCUGUGUGUGGUUUGUGGAUUCUUUUUCCCCAAUAAAGAAUGCUUAAUGGAGCACAGUAAGAUACACCUUAAGGAAUCUACCUCAUCCGAAAAUGGCUUAAAUGAGCUGCCACCUCCAACAAAUAAUUCUGUACAAUCUGAGGCUAGCGAAAAUGCAAAAGGAGAUGCUUCAAAAGAAGCCUUAAUGAGGAUGUUAAACUUACAACCUAGAUCUGCAGGACCAAAGAACGCUGAAACAUCUAGAAGAUGGAUUGGGGCCUUAGAUCCAUUCAACACCUACCAAGCCUGGCAACUGGCUACCAAAGGUAAAAUUGCACUUGCCCAUGGUAGAGUUAAAGAACCUUCGCAUGAAGUAAACUUUCAUAUAGAUCCAUGUUCGGACAAGGACAAACCCAGUAAACUUUGGAAAACGGGAAAGGUUAGUCGUGCUGGAAGCACCCAUCAGACCAAGAGUGAGGUCUGCGAAGGACACACGACUUCCCAGGAUGGCCAACAUGUACAUCUGCAAAACGAAGCCAACGACGUGCCUUACGUAGACGACAAAGACAGGCCAACGUUUUGUGACGAUUGUGGGAAAACGUUCAAGACCUACCACCAGCUUGUGUUACAUUCACGAGCGCACAGAAAAGAGAGGAGCGAUUCCGAAUGUUCCGCGAUGAGCGGGGAAGUCCUCUUGCCUAAGGUGGCCUCGCCGGAUAUCGCCAGCAGUUUGGAAGACGCUGAUGCUAUGAAAAUGCACGAUGAUUCCGAGGAUGGGUCAGAAGAUCCUGGAGGCGAUCCUACACAGAUUGAUGAUAAAAAUGAAGACGAUCUAGAAAGGGGGAAAGCAAAAGGCCUCUCUGUAUCUCGGAACUGCAGUUAUUGUGGAAAGAGUUUCCGCUCAAAUUAUUACCUCAAUAUUCAUCUCAGGACUCACACAGGUGAAAAGCCAUACAAAUGUCAGUUGUGUGACUAUGCCGCAGCACAGAAGACCUCGUUAAGAUACCAUCUGGAGAGACAUCAUAAAUUUAAACCAGGAGAUUCCAACGCCAUGGUGAAAAGCAUCAGCAAAACCGUACAACUCGCUCAACAAUCUGGCGAACAUGCGUCUCUUACUUCCAACCUAACAGAAACAAAACCUCUGAAAAAGCUUGAGGCAAACUCUAAAGAGGAGAGCCCACCAUUAAAACCGAAACGUGUUUCUUCUUCGCGUAACAAGUUUGUGACCGCAGCUCAGUCUCCAGAAACCGAAGAAGCCGUCGUUGAUGGAUACCCAAUCUUUCCAAACGACUCCAAUGUGAAAGAGCUACCUCCUUCCCAAUCUGUGACCAAAGACAAUGUGCCUGUUGAUAUGGAAGUUGACCGAGAAAGCCAUACCACCAUGGAUGAAAGCUUUGCCGAGCAGGGUCAUUUUGAAAUCACUCCUAUGCUGGCCGAGGAGUUGGUCCUAUUAAACUUGUGUUUAAAAUCGGAUAAUGGCCUUUCAGCACCUCUGGAUACCAAUGCCUUGCUUUUUAAGACCUGCCCUUAUUGUACUUUCAAAACCUUGCACCCAGAAGUGCUGGAAAUUCAUCAGAAAUUGACUCACAAACCUAAUCUUGCCGAGAAGAAUGGCGGCAAACUCAAAUCUGUGCUGAAUGCCAUUAAAAAGAGGCGUACCGGCUGCCCUCCUGCACUUAACGGAAUGGACAUUUCUCCUGCACCUUGCAGUGGUCUUAAAGCCAAAGCUCCUCUAACGCAACCAAAAACCCUCAACAAUGAAAAGGUGAAACGGGCGGCUUUUUUGCCUGCGAAAGCCGUGCCCUUGGAUCAAGAGAAUGCAAUGCUUGCACAUAAACACAAUGGGGCUUUGCUGAACAAUUACACGUACGUGCAACCUGACUUACAAGGAAUUUCUCACCUGCUUGAAAGGAUGCAACCGCCUGAACCAAGUAGGGCUUCUUGGAAUGCGCCAACUACCAGCAGGGGGAAUUCUACCGCUGCAACUACAGAAUACGCCUAUCAGACAUCCCAGGCCUGGCCUGGCGCUCAGAAUCUGUUUGCCAGACCCCUGAACUCAAAUCACGAGCCGUGCCCAAAGAAGGCCAAGUUCAAUAUUACGACAAAGGAUGACAUGUUCAAAAAACCGCUUCCACUUGGGCAUACUGGGAUGUUUCCACAAGAUAUGGCAGCGGCAACUGGAAGCUCAUUGCUACCUAACAAGGGCUAUAACACCUGUGAAGCUGGUUCUUCAAAAGCAAUGAAGCCUCCUGCCCAAAGCACUGCUAGAUUUGCAUGCGUUAAUCCGGGAUCUACCUCCGCCACCGACGGAAGAAGUCCACCAUACCGUCGUGUAUCCAAGAGAAGCUUGACACCAAAUGAUAAACGGGUGUGAAGGAUACCCUUUGUUUAAAAAGGGUAAGCAAUGAUUUGCUGUUCUUUGAGCCACUGUAGCGUGAGUGAGUGUGGGAUCGAGUAUUGUAUAAAAGAGAAGUGGAGCGAUUCUAUCCAGCUGCGAGAGCCUGUCUC